CUCCUGCCCUCUUCAUGGUCGCUGGCGUUGCCAAUCCCACGGGGACCUGUACCAACCCCCGAAAGGGCAAUGUAAGAGCGCUGCAUGGAGUCGGGUUGACUUGCGGCUAUGUCUGAGUCGAGUUUGUAUGGUACGGACACCCCGCGCACGGAUUCGGAAACAGAUGAUUUCGAUACCUCCGAAGAUGAGGUGGCCUAUGCUGCCGUAAAUGCCAAAGCGCAAAAGGCUCGAAGCACCACCUCGUACAGUACCAAUAGUACCCGAUCUCGACAGCUCAUCAACAGCCCGAAACCGCCCUUGCCUAAAGCUAUAUCAGCAUGCCUCGUUGACCCUUUUGAAACGCUGCCCAUUGAGGUCGAUGGGGUCACAAACCAGCUUCUUCACUUCUACGGCCAGAACAGCUACUGGCAAACCGCAUAUGCCUUGUCUCCUAAGAUAAAACCCUCCAUCAAAGGUUCAUGGGAGUAUCAAGCAGGUGCAUGCCUGACUCACUUCCACACAUUGAUGGCUCGUUCAGCAUUGCAUCAGCUGCGCAUGAAUGCAAAAUACACCACGCCGGCCACAAAAAAGGCGUUGGAAUAUGCGGCAUUAAAGCAUCAGACCAAAGCGAUCACUAUUCUACGGGAGAAUGUGGAACUUGGCUCCAACGCCGAUCUCAAACUGAUUUUGACUUCGAUCAUCAGCCUUGCGUCUUUUGAACAGCGAUACGGAGAGCGCGAGAGAGCGGUAAUCCAUUUUAGAACCGGUCGAGAUAUCAUCCGCCAGAUUGGCUUGCAGGACGGCCUUCAUGAUCGGCUGAGAGAGGAACAAGCGCUUUGGUUCGAGGGAAUCUAUCGAGAUCCCGAGGCGAGUUGGAUGUGGGGGCAGGAGGACUCGAACAUGCGACUUGGGUGGCUAAAAUCUCUCCUGAAAGAUGUCGAUCGGAUGUGGAGAGAUAGGCAGUUGUUGCCCUUGAAGGACAAAGGCCCCUAUGUCGUCGAGGACAUGAGGCUGCACGAGUUCCUCUUCCGGGAGACAACAGGAAAGAGCGUGAGCGUGUACGGCGACAUCGAUGAGUUUAUCGCGCAGCAGCGUUGCGUUUUGAUUCUCGUGUCGGUCAUGUGUGGGGUGCGUGGAGUGUUGGAAGCGCAAGGACAUUUAAAAAUGGCGUCCAAGACGAUGGCUCUGAAAGCUGCAAUCCAAGCAUAUAUCGGUUAUAUCGAAGAUUUGUUGGUUGAGCAUGAUCUGGCCGAAGAACAAGCCGUGGCCGACUUGCUUUGGAUGAUGUGCCAGAACUAUCGCGACGCAAAGCCGCGUCUGGUGAAUGCCGGGACGGUGAUGGUGCGAGACGCGAUGCAAAAGGUGGACCUGCGGGAUUGUCACUGGCGUGCCAGCGGGAUUGCCAAUGUGGUCAAGUAUCUUCCUCAGAGUCGGCAGCUGAGUUUGAGGAACUUGCUUCUUGACUUCAUCGAUGGCAACCCUUAUUCGGGUAAGGUCAAGCUUAAUGAGUUCGAGUUCAGUUAUGCCGGCGUCUGAUUUUUGAUGAUAUCUCCGAAUGGUGCGUUCCCUGGUAUUAAUGGAGCUGGAGCUGAGGGCGGAGGUGUCCUUCAGCAGUACAGGUCUGAUCACUCAGACCAGCCGGGGCUUGCUGUGGGAUGUUGAAACGAGGACAGAGAGUGCCCUUCUGCCGGGGCAUACUGCGCUCCCGAUGCUGGUCGGGCAACUAAUUCUUUGCCGAAGGAAUAGGAGAAGGUACAAGAAAGACCUGACGUUCCCGUGGUGAUUGAGAUCAGGCAAAUCGCGCAGAGCGAGGAGAAUAGCGGCCAUCCGCGGUAAACGGCCCGGAAGUCACGAGAGAUCUUAUGGACCAGAAGGCUCGAGGCACCGCAUUCUAGCAGCCGGACCUCAACGGGGAAAUGACAUCUCACGUUGCCCUAUGAUCAAUGUGGCAUCGCUCAUGACCAGGCUGAAAUGCCGUGCAUGGAUUCCACUAAAAGACGUGGCGGAUGUUGUUCAGCAGCCGUAGACUCGAGGUUACGCUGGUGGUGAUGGUAAGCGUGGGGAGGAGGGCGCGCUGCCGUCUGGACUGCCGAAUCCCGGACACUCUCUGUGACGAUUGUGCUGGUACGCCUCUUCAAGUCUAGGCACGGCACGACGUGGGAGGCUCUCGAUGCGAAUGAUACCUAGAAGCCUGGGGAAACGGCGCGGCCUCUAUCGGGCAAGGUUCCGGGGAGUAGUUGUUAGGUAAAUUUGGCUGCAGUGGCUGCCGCGGAUGCACAGUGAAUGUUCCGGCGAGCCCACCCCCACGACCUAAUCGAC